AUGGACGAUUAUCAUCCGGAAAAAAACAAGACUUGCCAAAUAUUGAAGGAUGCUGAAAGAGGAGGAUAUGGCGUUUUGGCAACCAUAGCAUACAAUAUUGAAAAUGUCUUGGGCUUUAUUCGUGCAGCUGAAAUCAAGCGCUCUCCGUUAAUCAUCCAGCUGUUCCCUUGGGCAGUUCGAUUUUCGAACGGCCACCUUGUCCAUUUUGCGGCUGCCGCUGCGCGGGAAGCAUCUGUUCCUAUCGCGAUUCACAUGGAUCAUUGCCAGGACGAGUUGCUCAUUCGGCACGCUGCAGCUAAUUUACCUUUCGACAGUAUCAUGAUCGACCUGAGCCACUGCUCGAAAGAAGACAACCUGCGAAAGACAGCAGAACUCGUGAAGGUCUGCCAUGAGCAUCACAAGUCGGCAGAAGCAGAACCCGGGCGUAUCGAGGGUGGAGAAGACGGGAUCAGCAAUACGGCAGACCUGGGCCCUCUGAUGACUACACCUGGGGAAGUGCAGGACUUCGUUGAUACAGGUGUUGAUUUCCUAGCACCCUCCUUUGGGAAUGUCCAUGGCGAGUAUGGCGCACGUGGCAUUCAGCUGGACUGGGAACGUUUGGACUCCAUUCAAAGUGUUGCAGCGAAAGGAGAUGUCAGAAUCGUUCUGCACGGUGUCAAUAACUUCAACGCCGAGCUUAUCCGACGACUGAUCUCGAGAGGAGUCACCAAGGUCAAUGUCAAUAAAGAUAUCCUCAAGGGUUAUUACAGAUAUCUUGAAGACAAUGUGAGCAAAGUACCAUUUACCUCGCUAAUGGAGAAUGGAGUAGCAGAAGUGACGAAAGGAUUGGAAAUCUGGAUGGAUAUGUGCUUGAGUACGGGCAAGGCUCCCAUGACUGCAUCGGCCUGA